UGGGACCUGCUGGAAGGUGUUUGAGUCAUGUAGGUGGAUUUCUUAUGGCCUGGUGUCCUUGCAAUAGUGAGUUCUAGGGCGAUCUGGUUCUUUAGAGGUGUGUGGCACCCCCCAUCACACACUGUCUCCUGCUCCAGUUCUCACCAUAUGAUGUGCCUGCUCUCCCUUCUCUUUCUGCCAAUAGAAAAAGCUCCCUGAGGCCUCCGCAGAAGCCAAACAGAUGCUGAUACUAUGUUUCCUGUACAGCCUGCAGAACCGUAAGGAAAUUUGGACACAGAGAGAUACACAGGGAAGAUCAUGUGAAGCCAGAAGCCACGGGAAGACGGCCAUCUAUGUAAGACAAGAAGAGAGGCCUCAGAAGAAACCAACCCUGCGGACACCUUGAUCUUGGAUGUCUCCGGAACGGUGAGAAAAUUAAUUUUUCUUAUUUAAGCCACCCCGUCUGUGGUGCUUUGCUAUGGCAGCCCUAGGAAAUGAAUACAGCACUCAACCUGGAACAGGGGAACCAGGUAAGAUUAAGAAAAAAAAAUUUGAUGUAUAUACAAGGUUAAAUAAUGCUAUCAGAGAUUUGGGGGAUGAAUUCAUAAUCAAUUCAUAGGAAAAGAGGCAAACCAAUGAGGUAAAAAUGAUGGGGGAAAGUGGUCUGAGAAACAGUCAUGGUACACUAUGGCUAUGACGAAUAUUUAGUAAAGAACAUGAACUGAGAGCACCGACUUAACCAAAGGUUGAGACACAACUGUGGUGUGGUGUGGGUAGAUGUUAGGAAAGAGCUAAAUUCUUAUCUACAUCGGAGGAAAUAAACACAAACAGAAAAAUGAAGAAGUGGCGAUAUAAGCACAUUAUUUAAAUAUGGAGGCAAAUGUCAAUAAAUAAUGCAAAAAUACUUAAAAGUGGCUGCCUUUGGGAGAUGAUAAUCAGGAGUAAGGAGGAGGACCAGCCUUUUUCAUGAUAAUCUCUGUGGAGCUAUGUGGAUUGUAAACAGCUCAUAUGUGUUUAUGAAUAAUGUAAGAAUUUUAAAACCUAAACAGACCACUAAAGACCACCUUACUUUUUUAAAUUGUUUUUUAAUAUAUAUAUAUAUUUUUUGAGACAUAGUCUUGUUCUGUGGCCCAGGCUGAAUGCAUUGGGCAAUCUUGGCUCACCACAAACUCCGCCUUCCAGGUUCAAGCCAUUCCCCUGCCUCAUCCUCCUGAGUAGCUGGGGUUAUAGGCGUGCACCACCACACUCAGCUAAUUUUUAUAUUUUUAGUAGAGAUGGGGUUUCACCAUAUUGGCCAGGCUGGUCUCGAACUCCUGAGCUCAAGUGUUCUCGGCCUCACAAAGUGCUGGGAUUACAGGUGUAAGCCACCAUGCCUGGUCUAAACCCCUUUUAAAACAAGGAGUUGCUGGUCCUCUUAGCCAGACACAGAACAAGUGUGUUAAAUAAAUGAGACAGGAGACAUCAAAUGGUGACGUUUGCUGUUUUUUUAAAUGAGCCAUGUUAACUGAAAUGAGGAGGACACAGAGGGGACAAUAGGGCCAGGAAACUUUUGUGAAGGUGUAAUGUUUAUACGAUGGCACUUCUGCUGACAGUGUUGUCCUCCUCAGAAGUUGCCUGCCCAGAGGCUCUUUAAAACAGACUAGCUGAAUUUCCAUACCAGCCCCUGCUUGUUCUUUUUGCCUCACCAGUUGUCUUGCUCCAAUGUCUUCCCAAGUGAGCCUUCAUGAUGUAUUCACGAUGAGCCUUCGUGAUAGACUCUUCAAGACCAGCCUUUUAGCAAGAAAGGGUUUUAUAUCUAGCUUUUUAUAUCUCUGUUAAAUGUGGCAAGCAGAGAGAAACUUUAUAGCCAUCACUUAGAUGAAAUAUAGCAAUGUAACCAAGCCUGUUAUAAAAACCAUGUUUGUUUUACUUUCCUUUCUCUUUGUCCUUAACUGCCUCCAGGCAGGAUUGCUUGCAGGUGGUCAUUUUGGUAGAGGGUAGUCACUAACAAGUGAUUAACUUCAUAUCCUCAUCCCCAGGGGAUGCUUGCAACAUUAAUGAGCUUGUUUUUCUUAUAAGGAACAGUGAUCCUUGGUCAUGCUGACCUCCUUGAUGGCAUGCAGAAGUUUGGCCAAGGGAUGCAAGCAGCUUUGAUCAUCAGGGGAUCUCACUUCCCACACACCUUCCUUACUCAUAAAAGCCAUCAGUUAUGUGCAAAGGGAGGUGGAAUUUGAGAAUUUGCCUCUUCCACCCUCAUGCUUUGGACAAUCUGAAUAAACCUUUCUCUGCUCCGAAGCACUCAUGUGUCAGUGUUUGGCUUACUGUGCAUCAGGUACCUGACAUAAGUUUUGGGGUUCUGUAACAGAUUUUGGCAACGUGGCAGGAGGCCCCAGCCAGGUCAGGCAAAUGAGUGCCAGAAGCUGCCCAGGCUUGUUGGAUGGGGAGACCUAAAGUCACUCCGCUAGGUCAGUGUCGGCUGCUGUUGGUGCUCUAGAAGCUUAGAGCAGAGAAACAUCUCAGACUGCUAUCUGGACUUCCAGUUUUGGUUUGAAUGGUAAGUCGCUGGGGUGUACACAGCCAUAUCUCUCACUCUCUCUGCUUGUAAUGUGGAGAGGGCCUUCUGGGGAGUAAUAGAAUGGUGGAUUAUACUCACUUGCUUGUUUCCUGUAAGAGUUAUGUUUUUUUGUUUGUGAUUUUAUGGGCUUUAUUUUUGGGGGGGUUGUGUGUGUGUGUGUCUGUGUGUAUAUGUGUGUAUGUGAAAAGACUGAACAUGGCAAAUUUGGAAUUGAUCCCAGAAAGUAGCAUCCUUGGCUGCAUUCUCCAGGAUUGGGCCACUUUCAGCUAUGAGCCCAUGAAGAAAAAUAAACUGCUUUUUUAUUAUAAUGCUGCUUGGCCAGAAUAUGUCUUAGAAUUUGGGGAAAAUGGCUGACAAACAGUUCUUUAAGUUAUGCUACUAUAAUGCAACUGGAACUGUUCUCUAAGACAAGAAAAAAUACACUUCUUGGAACAAAAGGUUAAAAAAAAAAAAAAAGAAAAGAAAAGAAAAGAAAAAAUAGGAUGCAAUCCUGUAUGUCCAGGCUACCAUGCUCUUGUAUCAGAAUGAACCUACUCAAAAGAGGUAAAAUUUGAUGCUGCAAAAGAAAAAACAACCCAAACCUAAGGUUUUAGACUCCCCAUCAUUAGAUGGGGAAGACAGGACACUGUCUGCUGCUUUGCAUCCCCUGAAUAAUCAUCCUGAUCCUCUGCCCCUUCCCCAGUCAGCUGUAGCUCCAGCACCACCCCCUCCUCAUGGGAUUGUCUGGAGUAGGAGGGGAACACUCCCAAACCUGUCCUCCCCAUGGAAUUAGGACAGACUGUGUUCUCCCCUUCCUGCAAUGAACAGAAAACCCAAUUUGGCCAGGGAGCCACUGGCCCCUUGGUAGGGCACUUUCCUCUGCGUUAGUUCCCUACUGGGGGACUGAACGUGAAUGGACAACAGGUUGGCAUGAUGUGGGUACAUUUCCUUUUCCCACUUUGGAUCUGUUCAGCUGGAAAAACAGUAAUCCCCCCAUCCCAAUGCAAGCAAAUGGCUGAGCUAUUCUUGUCUAGAUUUCUGACCUAUCAACCCCCACAAGGCAGAUACUCACUUUGUUAAAGUGCUGCUCACAUCAGAAGAAAGGCCUGUGGUCACGGAAAAGGCUAGGGAAGAGGAAAACAGGCUCUGUCUGGAGGCGGGAAGCAAUGGCCCCUUGCCAAGAGUCAGUCCCCAACACAGAGCCCGAUUAGGAUGUAAAUGAUGAGGUCCUUCCCACUUAGGGCACUAACAGAAUUGCAUUCUUGAAGGUUUAAAGAAAGGGAUUCCUCAGGCAAAGAACCUCAAUAAGGUACAGGAAGUACAGCAGCAAGCAUAUGAGGACCCUUCAUAAUUCACAGAAAGACUCCAUCAGACAUGGAAAGUAGACUGACACUAACCCUGAGGCACCCGACAAUCAGAGAAUGGUCACUGUGACCUUAAUCAGCCAGAAGCCCUGAUAUUCAGAGAAAACUGCAAAUGGUAAGUGGGAUCCUUGGGUUGCCAAUCUCAUAUUUAGUGGAGUUAGCUUUUAAAGUAUACUAUGCUCAGGAUGAGGCUCAGGAAAAGUGCAAAUUGAAGCAACAAGCAGCUCGCUGGCAGCUGCACUUGACUACCACCUAAAGGAAAAGGAAGAAAUCAAAGUAAAGAGGGGUCCAUGCCCCCUUAUGAAAAAACAUGUGCCUAUUGUAAGAAGGAGGGACAUGGGAAAAAGGACUGUCCCAAAUUGACCAAAGCAGCUGGCAAGUGCAGUCUCCCUCCAAAUCAGAUGAGGAGAGAAAAGAAUAUUUAGAUGAAGACUGAUGCAUCCCAUGGAGUCCCUUAGACUUGGAGCAACCGGUGGCUAUAUCCCCACAGGAGCCCUGGAUACAACUGACAGUGGGGAACAGAUCGAUGGACCUUUUAGUUGACACAGUGCCACAUAUUAAGUAAGUAACAAUUGUCUCUGUCCAACUUUGGGAAAAACCAUUAUUGUUACAGGAAUACUGGGAGACACCAUUACCCCUCUCUACAGUCCUUAGGUUACCAUUUAGGAGAGACCAGCCUAGAGCAUAGUUUCUUGUACAUACUUAAUGCCCACUGGCCCUCCUGGGCUGGGAUUUGCUUGCCAAAUUGUAUGCUCAACUUGUCUUUCGCCCCAGAUGCCUAGACAUAAUGAUUCCUUCUGAAUAAGUUUGCAGGUUUCAACUAUUCCUGCUCCAACCAGAGAACGAAGCAGUUCAGGACAUUCCAGAAGAAAUUCUCAUGCAGGUAAGGAGAGAUGUUUGGGCCUGGGGAAGCCAGGGAGAGUGGUCACAGCCAGACUCAUAACAAUUAAAUAAAAAGAGAGACACAGAAUAUCCAUUAAAGGAAGUGGCAUGAAAGGGGACUCAGUCACUCUUGGAAGCCUUUUUUGGCACAAGGACUGAUUUGGUCCUAUAAUCCUCCCUUUAACAUUCCUGUUUUACCACCAUGCAAGUCCCAUUAAGACGACUACCAGUUUGUACAAGACUUAGGGCUAGCAAUGAAAUAGUCUAGGACAUAUACCCCAUGGUACCUAACCGCUAUGGCUAUAGCUUGCUGAUCACCUUAUCAGGAGAACUAUGUUGGUUUAUAGAUUUGGCUCAAAAAGAUGCCUUGUUUUGCAUUAGACAAGGAAUCACAAGAGAUCUUUGCAUUUGAAAGGCUGAGGCUGGAACACAGGUUAAUCAGCAGUACUGUCAGUGUUUUCUCAAGGACUUAAAAAUUCCCCUACAAUCUUUGGGAAAUUUUUGGCAUGGAAAGUAAGGGAACUUUGGCCGACAGGAGUGCUUUUACAAUGUGUGGAUGAAAUCUUUGUUGUAAGACCUUAAGAGCUUUCCUUGAAAAUACCACUCAAGCAGUGAUUUUCCUAGUGGAAACAGGCUACUGGGUUUCCAAAAAGAAAGCCUGGAUCUGCCAGAAGACAGUAAAAUAUUUCAGGUCUGAAGUGAAUAUGGGGCACAGAAACCCUCCCUGUGGCCACCUGGAGGCAAUCGCCUGGGUAACUGUCCCCAUCUCCUGUAAACAACCGCAAUGAUUUCUAGGAAUGGUGGGAUUCUGUUGAAUUUGGAUUCUGAAUGUUAGGCCCUAAAAGGAAAAAAAUCUGAGCCCCUGAUCUGGACUUCAGAAUACCAAAAUUCUUUUAUUAAAGUCAAAGAGGCCAUGCGCGGUGGCUCAUGCUUGUAAUCCCAGCACUUUGGGAAGCCAAGGCAGUCCGAUCACCUGAGGUCAGGAGUUCAAGACCAGCCUGGCCAACAUGGCGAAACCCGUCUCUACUAAAAAAUACAAAAAUUAGCCAGGCGUGGUGGCAAGCACUUAUAAUCCCAGCUCUCAGGAGGCUGAGGCUGGAGAAUCCAGUAGGCAGAGGUUCCAGUGAGCAGAGAUCGAUGCAGAGUUUGCUGACAUCAAGGCAGAGGUUGCAGUGAGCAGAGAUUGCACCACUGUAUUCCAGCCUGGGCAACAAGAACGAAACUCCAUCUCAAAAUAAAUAAAUAAAGUCAAGGAAAAGUUAAAGACUGCCUCUGUGCUGGGCCUUCCAGAUUUACGAAAGCCCUUUGAUUUAUUUAUACACAAAAAACAAGGCAUGGACUUGGGAGUCCUAACUCAAAACUUAGGAACUGACUGAAAACCGACUGCCUAUUUCUCUAAAGUGUUACCAGGUCGCCAGGGGUUGAUCCCCCUGCCUCUGAGCAGGUCUUCCAGGAGGCUGAAGGGGUAAUGUGCUCAAACUGCCCUAAAACUGGGUCCUACCCACUUGGGGGUACAACAUCCGGGGGACUCUCCAUGCAAGCAUUAGCAAGUUAAUUUCACCACAAUGUCACAGGCACCUGGAGGCUACCGGGCAUCUUUUUGUACAAAACCCAUCUUUCUGGAUUUUUGUAGACACAUUUACAGGAUGGGAAGAGGUAUACCCUAUCCGAACAGAAAGGGCAGCCAAAGUGACCCACACCUUACUAAAGAGAUAAUUCCCCAGUAUGAACUCCCUUUGAUGAGUCAGAAAGACAAUGGCGUGGUGUUCGUCUCUCAGGUAGUACAGGAAGUGUCUCAAGCCCUAGACACUGAAUGGAAACUUCAUGCAGCACAGCCACAGCCCAUCAGAAAGACUAAAAAACUGAAACUAUUUAAAGAGUAAUUAGGAGGCGCAGUUGAGGCACCUUCGCGGCUCCGGCGCCUUUUACCCUCGCGUGUUCUCAGUCUUUGGUUUGCCAAGUGCAGUUAGGCCUGGCAGGUGCUGAAAGCCCGGGGUCGUGGACCCCGGCCAGCUCUCAGCAGCACGGAGGCUCAGGAUGUCGCGGAGGGCGCGGGGGUCGGGGGCCGCCAGCGGCGUGCCCCACCCCGCGACCCUAGCCUCGGCUGCGGCUCCCACCCUGGCGCCAACCCCGGUGGCGGCUGCGGCCUCGCAGUUCACCCUGCUGGUGAUGCAGCCCUGUGCUGGGCCGGACGAGGCCGCGGCUCCCGGGGGCAGCGUCGGGUCGGGCAAGUCCGUUAGGUACCUGUGCGAAGGGGCCGGGGAUGGCGAGGAGGAGGCUGGGGAGGACGAGACGGACCUGCUGGACACCUCGGACCCUCCGGGGGGAGGUGAGAACGCAGCUAGUUUGGAGGAUUUGGAGGACCAAGAGACCCCGUCGGGGGAGGGGCGAGGGCAGCAGCGGGGGCAGCAUGAGCAAGACCUGCACCUACGAAGGCUGCAGCGAGUCCACAAGCCAGGUGCCCAAGCAGCGCAAGCCGUGGAUGUGCAAGAAACACCGCAACACGGUGUACAAGGACUCACGCCUUAUACCGGGCAAUUCAAAGAAAGUUGGUCAAAUCCCACACUGACUGCCAAAGAAAGAAAUAUCUACACAGAAAUACCAUGA